AAACCGGGUACCUGGGUGACGCAGCCUAUUUACAGGUGUUGAACUUAAAGGAAUAUACUUAUUCAUACCUUUGCUAAGUACAGAGUUAAUUUUUUCGGAUUAUCAUGACAGGCAAAUGUACAAGACGCAAUGGCAAAGAACGACAAAGAUCUUGGAGAGCAAUUUUUCUGUUCGUUGUAAUUAUCUCUUGCACCUUGGUAUUUUAUUUCAACCCGACCAAGUAUAUUCAGCUUAUACAUUACGACUCAUUAUUUAGAAUAACUUUGAAUAAAUUCCCUGGGAUAAGUUUUGAAAUGAAAAAUGAAUUGGCCACAAAAAAUAAAAAUCGGACAGCAGAGCUGAAAAUGAAAGUAGUGGCCGCCCUUACGACAACCCCUCCCCCUGGACCAUUGAGGGAAGAGUCCUGUGACAUUGAAACAGCUUUGCUCUUUUUAAGAAUGAAUAAAAAUUCAUCAAUCGAUAAUUACACCGACCCGCUUGCUAAUGUUAUUCCAAUUGGAGGAUUAGAUUGGUUGUUUAACAAAACGGUUCCAUGUGUUUUAGAUCAAAAUAUUUUUAAUUCUACGAAUCAUGAGCAAUUUCAAACAUUCAUUUCUUGUUCAAAUGAGGCAGUGACAGUGAAAAAAAUCAAAAUAGAUUCAAACUCAAGCGCUCAGAUUUUCAAGUUCCCAGACGCUUGUCUCGGAAAAGUGAUUUCAACUUCUUGUGAAGAUGGUAAACGAGUCCCUAAUGUUGUUCAUUAUAUCUGGUUUGGAAACAUUGCUUUUGAUUUUAUCUAUUUUGUGAGUUUCUACAGUGUUCAUAAAUACCAAAAGCCGUGCUUAAUACUUCUAUAUUACGAGUUUCUACCCUCGGGCAAGUGGUGGGAUCUUCUUCGACAUAUAGUGCAUAAUAUAGUGUUGGUUCAAAUGACGCCUCCUACCUUAAUAUCUGGAAAAAAGAUCAAGUUUGUUCAACACAAAGCUGACAUCACGCGACUUAAAAUAUUAAAAGAGUAUGGAGGCAUUUACGUGGACACUGAUGAGUAUUUCUUGAGACCAGGGGAUGAAUUGAGGAACUCGAAUUGCACAAUGGGUAAAGCACACGAUAGAUCCAUUGGAAGUGCGCUGAUAUAUGCAGAAAAGGGUGCGUUAUUCAUUGAAAAAUGGAUCGAUAGUUAUAAUAACUAUGAUCCGUCAAAAUGGGGAGACAACUCUGUACUUAUGGCCGAAAAACUAGCCCAGAAGUUUCCUGAUCUCAUUCAUGUGUUCGAACACCAUUGUGCAUUCUAUCCACAUGGAUUAGUUUUGUAUAACCAGAACUACAAAUGGUCGCAUAGCUAUGGGCUACAUAUCUAUAAAACAGGACACAUACCAGAGCUUCAAAAAAUAAACUUUGAAACUGUGCGGAAUAUUAAUAAUACUAUCGGAGCGGUCUUCCGAUACAUACUAUUUGGAAGUAAGGAGCUGUGUUCUAGUUAGUGUAAAACAGACUUAAAACUUGUUAAACUUGUUAAGGUAAAGUGCAAAAUACAUGUAUGUCUGGAUUUUUUCUGCGAGGUGCUAUAUCAGGAUUUUGUUAUCAUGGGGUUUAUUUUAUUUAGAUUGUUGCUGUAUUAAGUUUAUAUCAUGAGAAUGAUUCGUACUAGAUACAUGUAAACUUACAAAAAUGUAGUAUCUUUAAAAUGAAUGAAUAUUGACAUAACAUUCAAUAUCUUUGCAGUAUUAUGAAAUUAGUCUGAUAUCAAAAUUAGCCAUGUUUCGAAACAAAACGAAAUUCAGGCUAUUUCUGUCUGAUUCUGCUUUCCAUUGAAGAAAUAUAAUAUAAUAACAAAUAUAAUUUUACUAGUUGCAAGGAAAUAUAGUUUUCAUGUUUUUUUUAGAGAAAUUUUAUUCUUCGAAGAUUUACUUUAUUACAAUAUGAAGGAAAUUUCAAUUAUAGUUUUGAGCGACACUUUUUAAAUUUCAAAAGUAAUAGUAAAUGUCCAUAAAUACAAUAAUUAUAUCUUUAACCUAGUUUUUUGAAAAUUUCAUGCAAAGUUCUAUAGAAUAUUAUAUAAGUGUGUUUUUUCAUUGUCAUCUAUGGAUUUUCCUUUUGCAUUCUGAUUAUACAUCGAGUCCUUAAAGGGGCAUAACCACAAUUUUGGUUAGAAUUAUUUUUUUCGAUUUUAUAUUCAAAAUGCUUCAGUAAAGCAUUUUUAAUAGGCAACUAAAAUUUGAGUGUCAUUCGUCAAGCUAUAAGCAAUAUACAGAGUUUAAUGUUCUUUGCAAUGUUAGCAAAUCUUUUGUUUUCAUUUUGAAUGUAGAAGUAGAGGUUUCAGUUUUAUGCCUGAACUAAAUGUGUUAAAGUUCACAACUGUUUAUUUAUGCUUAAAAUUAAUAAGAAGGUAGACAAAUCAGCUUGAAAAAGAUUUUUAACUGGUAAAUUGAACGUAUAUAUAUAAACAAAAACAGGACAUGAGCCUUGUUUUCAUUACAAAGAACUGUGAGUCAUGUAUCUUGCUUAUAACUCUACGACUGACUCUCAAAUUGAAAUGAAUGUCUAAAGCAUUGUAAAUAAUGUAAACAGAAAAAUACAAUUUGACAAAAAUCGUGACCAUGCCCCUUAAUUAAUGUCUACUAUCUCAAAACGACAAAAUUUCAUUAAAAUUAAUUUAUGUUCUUUCCUUUGUUAUUUGAUAAGAUAUCGAUAAAAAUUAACAAUCAAGUAUCAAACAUUAACCAUACUUAAAUUAAGAAUAAACACGCAAAAAGUGUGCAAACAAGAAGAACAGUUAUACACAUGUAAUGGGAACUUGUGUCUGGACAAAGUUAAACAUUUUGCGCAAUUAUGACUGAAUGUCACUUAAUGUAUGAACAUAUAAAACAAAGAGCAAUACUGCAGUUUUGAAGUACGUUUUGAAGUACGUUAAUUAAUGUGAAGGUCAUGAUCAGUUGCGAAUAAUGACUCAUAAUUGCACAAUAUGUUUUGCUUUGUCCAGAAACGAUUCCCAUUGCAUGUGUGUAAUGACUUUUGUGGAUGUAAUGCAUUUUGUGGAUGUAUUAGGAAGAAUAAAAACAUGAAAACGAAUUUCAAAUUGAUUCAUUUAUUCAAAAAAGGAUAAAUAAAAUGAAAUAUCAUAAGAAAAAUAAAAAAAAAAUACACUCACACAACACUUCUCAAAAUUAAAAUACUAGUAUGGAAUACAACUAAGUACAAAACUAAAACUAUUAACAAAAAGAAAUGCAUAACUAAAAAAUAAGUAAAUUUAACUUCAUUACAGUGUAAUUAUUUUUAUCAUUUUGUAGGCUUCUGUAUAAUGUGGUUGAAAAACGGUGCACUAUGCUUUUAAUUAUUCAUUGUAUACUCAGCAUAAACAUAUAUGUACACACAGUCUUUAGGGCAUUGCAAAAAUAUAUAAUUGCAUUUUUUGUCGAAGAUAAACUACAUGUAUGUGUUCGAUUGGUCAUAUCUAUGCACCAACUGUCAUCAUAAUAUCAUAUCUAGUCGUUAUUGUUCAUUAAUCUACAAGAUUUCACUUUCAUAAAUUAUUCACUAACUAUAUGUUGGAAAUUUCAAAGCUGUACCUUAUGUUGUUCCAGAUGUUGCCACACGAUCUUUCCUCAUUAUUAAUUUCUGACAAAUCACUUAUAUGAAUUAAAAUAUCAUUUUAAAAUUAAA